AUGAGUGCCCGAGGCGGAAGCCGUCCACCUCCUCGUGGCCGCCCAAACAAGGUGACCAAGGCCGCCGCCGUUGCCGGCAUCAAGCGGGACCCCCAAGCCCUUGCCCGCGCCACCGCCGCAGCCAGCCGACACCCCCCGUCCGCCGUCGACCACCAGCUCGAACAGCUCGCCCACGAUGCAGAGGCCGAAGCUGAGCACGAAGAUGACGACGAGAUAACCGCUCCCCCUCCUCCCACGACCUCUCAACAACACCACCAACAUCAGCAGCAGCACCACCAGCAGCACCACCCGAACGCCUUCGACCUCGCAGCUGCGGGUAUCCUGGCCAACGGCCCUCCCCCUCCCGACUCGGACAUACAUCCCGAUCUUCACGGCCUACCGGCACAGUUCGCCAUGGAAGCUCACAUGGGCAGUCAAGGCGGCCAUGGUGGCCCGGGAGAUAUUCCCCUGACCGCUGAAGACCUGGCAAAGCAGAGCGGCUACCAUCAGCUGGUCAUCGACAGUGCUCUAGCAAAACGUCUAGCCAACAACGAGGGGCACCGCCUUGCGGUACAAAGACGUGGAGACCAAAACCUCAACUUAAAGAGGCGUAGCAAUGUCGAGGCUCUGCUAGCCCAUGUCUCUGGCCAGGAGACCGCCAGCCCCUCUGUGCCAACUGCUGGUUUAAUGCGAGCGGGUCAAGAUGUUCCUUUCAUGCACAUGCCAGCGGUCCAGAUGCCGCCUCAGGUGUCUGCAAACACAAGCUUUGCCGGCGCAGCGCCGAUGGCUCCCGGCAUGGUCCCCGCAGGCCCUAGCGGCUUCGGGCAGCCAGGCGGCAACCACACAGUGGCCCAGUUCACAAGAGAUGCACUCAACAGAGCGAUGGCGGAGGUCCGAAGUGACGAUCCAAACAUUCGGUUCCAGUUCCGCAUCGAAACGGCGGCGCGGGAGCUAGCGCUGGCUAGCGCCGAGUACGCCGAUUUUCUGGCUCAGCAGGCGGGCCAUGACCCGAGUCAGCACCCUCAAGACGGCGAGGGCUCCGUGCCGGAGGCGGCGAUGGGAGACGGGAACGACGGACCGUGA